CCUGCCCCCUUUGCUGGUGGCCCACGAACCCCAGGCCCGAGCCACGCGGUCUCCCGGGCCAGGCCGGGCCGGGCCGGGCUCCAUGGCUACGUGGAGGCGGGACGGCCGGCUGACCGGCAGUCAGCGGCUACUGUGCGCGGGGCUGGCGGGGACGCUCAGUCUCAGCCUCACAGCGCCCCUGGAGCUCGCCACCGUGCUGGCCCAGGUCGGCAUCGCACGAGGCCACGCCCGGGGACCAUGGGCCAUAGGGCGCCGGGUGUGGCGGGCCGAGGGGCCCCGAGCCCUGUGGAAGGGGAAUGGGGUGGCUUGCCUGCGCCUCUUCCCCUACAGCGCUGUGCAGCUCGCCGCCUACCGCAAGUUUGUUGGGCUGUUCACAGAUGACUCAGGCCAUAUUUCCCAGCAGAGCUCCAUUGUAGCUGGGAGUCUCGCAGGCAUAGUCUCCACCAUUGUGACAUAUCCUACAGACCUCAUCAAAACCCGGUUGAUUGUGCAGAACAUGCUGGAACCGACUUACAAGGGAAUCUUCCAUGCUUUUUCUACUAUUUAUCAACAGGAAGGGUUCCUGGCCCUUUAUCGAGGGGUUUCCCUCACUGUUUUAGGUGCUCUUCCAUUCUCCACGGGCUCCCUUCUUGUUUACAUGAACCUUGAGAAAAUCUGGAACAGACCCCGAGACCAGUUCUCUCUGCUGCAGAACUUUACCACUGUCUGUCUGGCUGCUGCUGUGACCCAGACCCUCUCCUUUCCCUUUGACACCGUGAAGAGAAAGAUGCAGGCUCAGAGCCCCUAUCUUCCCUACUAUGGAGGUGUAGAUGUCCAUUUCUCAGGAGCAGUGGACUGCUUCCGGCAGAUAGUGAAGGCCCAAGGGGUACUGGGGCUCUGGAAUGGAUUGACAGCCAACUUAUUGAAGGUAGUUCCAUAUUUUGGAGUUAUGUUUAGCACUUUUGAGUUCUGCAAGAGAAUCUGUCUUUAUCAAAAUGGUUACAUCGUGUCUCCUUUGAGCUAUAAAUUGACCCCAGGAGUGGACCAGAGUUUGAAGCCCCAAGAAUUAAGGGAAUUAAGGAAGUUCUUCAAAACUGGAAAACUAGAGUCUAAAAAACCAACACUGUAGAACUGAAUGGAACUAGAAGCGCACUAGCUGAACACAUGUUGAAAUUGGAGAUAAAUGUAGUCUCAUAA